CUACGCCACAGCCUACGCCACAGCCAACACCACAGACGCCCCCACCAUCAACUCCGUACACGACUCCACAAUCAUCGCUGGAACCAUCUCCACAGCCAGUGACAUCGACUCCCGUCCCCACAUCCCGUCCUCUGGCACGUUCUCUCGUGCCUCAAACGCCGUCUCUGCCAACUACCUCGUCGAUGCCUCUUCGACCGUCUUCAAAGCCGACACCCACUGGAACGCCCGACAACCAACUCGAUCUAUUCAAUCCAACGGAAUUACCGCGAGAAGUGCCCGGCAACCGUGGGAACUGGCCAUCGCAACGGAUAUCGCCGCCACGUGUGCUUUCGACCGUGGACGACGUGUUGCAAAAGCUGCCGACUGUAUUCUUGGCCGUGUCGCUCGCUCCCCUUGCCGCAUUCCACGUGGGGCUAUGGACACCCGCCCCGGCAUUCCCACCGACGCCGUGGCUCCUGCCGCUGUCUUUCUCGGUCAUCCAAGCGCUCACCGCCGUCUCGUUUGUGCAUGUGGGUGGCGCAUCGUCCAUUCCUCUGACCGCGCUGUAUGCUGGCGACGGGCUAAGCUGGGUGCACUUUCAAGUCCCGGGCAAUACAACGAAAGUCGUGGCGACCGAUCGCAGGCUGGCUACACAAGGUGGCGACGGCGCCGAGUACGUACACGUCGGGCCAGAGUCGUUUGCGCUUCGCCAAGGCAUCGACGAAAAGAACUUGUUUGUUCGGUGCGUGGUGGCGGUGGUCGUCGUUCUCGGCGUGCUCACGUGCUUCCGUAUCGUCGGGAUGCUAGUCCAAGCCAAAGCUGCCGCCAGUGGCAACGCGCCCCUUGAAGCCAUGGGCGUGCUUGUGCGCCACCGCGCGGGCCUUCUCGUGUCGUUUGUCGUGUCCGCGGCGCUGUUUCCGCUCGCGAUGGCCGCCGCAUACGAAAUCCGCCAGGAUGGCUACACCGACGGAAGUCCCCACUGGACUGCUAUCGUGGCGGUCGCGGUGCUCGUGGUGCUCGUGGCGUCUCUGGCGGCCAUCGCCAUUCGCUUGUACGUGUUCACACAAGAUGAAUUCGACCGUGACGACGCUCCACACCAUGCUUGGUUUUCCUGGCUGCCGGCAUCGGUUUCGUACAGCUAUCGCGUCCACGCGAUGCUGCCACAUGCAAUCCAAAUCGUCACCGGCGGCAUCGUCGGGGGCGUAGCGUCUCCCGCCGUCCCUGGCCUCGUCAUCGGCGCGCACGCUGUCUUUCUCGCGUUUGUCGUGCACUCCACAUUGUACACCGGUCGCUGGCACCGGUUGGUCGUCGCGUCCAUGGAAGGGUGCAUCGUUCUCGCAUGGGCUCUCGCGUGGGCCGGAGCCCACGUGGCGCCAUCCACCGCGGCUGCCGUCGGGUCGCCCGCCAUCUCGGCACAUGGCGUCGUCGGCCGAGGCGCGACAUCGCAACCCUCCAUCACGAACACACCCGCCGCCAUACCAAAGGAUAGCAACGCCUGCUCCGACGCGGCCGCGCCAUGGCGGCGACGCGCUGUCUGUGCGACGGCAUUACGGCGUGCGAACCAACUAGGACGCCAUGACCCAGUUCACGGCUCCACCUGUUCCUCCUCGAAGACCAGAAUAUGAUUAAAGUGCCGUCGAGGUUGCAACCGGUGUUGCAACGCUAGCACAGGACCAAAUACCUUGCCGCCACUUGCGCUGCCAGGGCCCAUCAUUCGUCGAACAGUCCCCUCUAACUUCUCUAUGAACCGUGAUACAAUUGAA